AUGGCAUUGAAAUUGAAUCUAGACGCUGAUAUCACAGUUGAAAACAUGCCUCCAAACGAUACAGUAUCACAGCUCGACUUUUCGCCCAAGUCCAAUCUUUUAUCUGCUUCUUCAUGGGAUGGAAUAGUGAGAGUAUAUUCUGUGUUUUCACCGGAGGUCGACUUCAACAAAAAAGAACUGAACAACGCAAAUGCGGCACUUCAAGCCUCAUACAUCACCGGAUACACCCACUCUCAACCAGUUCUUACGACUGGAUGGCUUCAAGAUAAAUAUCAAAUUAUAUCUGGUGGAUGUGACAAACUUGUGAAAAUUUUUGAUAUAGGGACCGGCCAUGUUGCUGAUAUCGGUCACCAUGAGGCACCAGUUUCUUCCGUUAAAUCAGUUAUGAUCGGUGGAAGUCCGAUUAUUGUCUCCAGCUCAUGGGAUAAGACUCUAUCAUAUUGGGACUUAAGACAGCAGCAAGCAGUUUGCUCUAUACAAUUAGAUGGAAAAGCAUUAUCUAUGGACUCGAGAGAUGGGGUCAUCGUAUUGGUUACCUCCGAUCGAACAACUGUUAAAAUAGACCUGUCCAAUCCUACCGUUGUAUCAGGUACGUUCAAAUCACGCUGGGAACUUCAACCUAGGGUUGUCAAAUGCUUACCGGGAGGGGAAUGUUGUAUCAUUGGAGGUACAGAGGGCCGCUGUGUUGUUCAAUACUUUCGAGAUGUCAAGUCCAGUUUUUCGUUCAAAUGUCACCGGACAACGACUGGAACCGAUGUACAUAUCUACUCUGUAAAUGAUAUUGCGGUCAACCCUAUCUACGGUAGUACCUUAACUGCUGGUUCCGAUGGUUCUUUGCAGAUAUGGGAUCAUAUAAAGCAAUGUAGACUUUCUUAUUCAGGCAUUCUCCCUGGCUCAGUUUCAUCCUGUGCUUAUAACAACAAUGGCAGUAUUCUCGCAUAUGCCGUCUACUAUGAUUGGAGCAAAGGUUACCAAUUCAGCAGACCGAAUUACCCCAAACUACUCAAAUUACACAAGAUUAAACCAGAAACUGUUGAACUCUGGUCUAAUAAAAAUAAAAUAAAAAUAAAAAUAGUUUAUAAAUAG